GCACCACUGAUACAUUAAGUCAAACCGCUGGGAAGCAAAACAGCUUAGUGGGGAAGAAAAAAGGAAAUCGUGUUUGAACAUGGAAAAAAACAACUGGAGCUUGUUGAUAAUUUAUCUUUUUUUUCAAUGUCAAAUCUUUCAAGUAUGCUUGCUCAAGAAUAACACAGCAGACGUUUCCUUUCGCAAAAACUAUGUUAAAGAGGAAAAUAAUUAUUCAAGCAUGAAAGUUCACCAGAGACAAAAAAGAUGGGUGGGAUUGCUGAUACAGAUUUCCCUGGAAGCAACAGACUCUGCAUUGACAGUGGUAAACUCUUUGAAAGGUGGCUGUGUUUACCGUCCCAACAUAUGCAUCUACAGAGAUAACAUUGUUAAGUUCGAAAUCCAAGAGCAAAAUCUUUCCAGGAUCCUAAACGAAAAAUACGAAAGUCUGUUGACAAAUAUCGAAAAGUUUGCAACAUCCAUUUUUCAAAACAUUGAAAUUAAUCGCCACAUUGAGGACAUUGUCACAACUGGAGCACAUGUAAAUUUCUGUAUGUCGCUGUUAAAUAACAAAAUCAAAUUCGAAGAGUUUAAAAUCAAUAAUUCAGUCGUGAUGCAUUUUCCUAAUGUUUCUGAAUAUUUUAUUGAAAAGUUUUACAAGGAAAGGGAAGUCUAUUUUAAGAAUCUGGAUAUUGCACAAAAAGCAUCCUCUUUAUUGUACCUUGUUAACCGCCUUACAUUUAAAUCGCUCAAUAGAAUCAUAUCUAAGAUAUCUUUUGCAUGGUCUAGUAAAAGUAUGUUGAAAGAGGAGACAUUCAAAACAUUUUAUCACAAAUACACACAGGAGUACCUGUCUCAAUGGAAAGUUAAGUCUGGUGUUUUCAUUGGGCCAGUCACACUGUCAGAAACUCUCAAGGCAAAAGUCAGAGGCUUUGUAAAAACAGCCAGCAUUUAUAUAAGGGAUUCUGCAAAGGAUUUUUACAAAAGCAAAACAUUUUGGGGGACCACGGCAGUAUCUCUGACAGGUGCAGUGAUAUCACAGAGCCUGCAAGCACAAAGGUAUAUACAGAUUGAAAAUGAGAUGAAAAACUUGGUGGAAAAUCACAAAUCUUUACUUUUAAGUCUAAAAACUAUAGAACAAAACAUCACUGAUGCAAUGCAAGAUGUAGAUGAAAAAUGGCAAAUCUCUCUAGAUUUUUUUAGGAACAUGACCUCGUACAUAAACGACACAAAAUCAUCUUUUGAAGAGAUACCCACAGAGCAUCAAUUCAAGUUAAAAUACAUGCCCAGUUUACAAAAACUGUUAGAAAACAACUUUGAAAAUAUCAAUGUUAGCAAUAUUUUAAUGAAACAGAGAAUAUUUUUAAAUUAUCUGACUGAAAUGAAAGAAUCAAUUAAAAAGGUCAAAGCUGUUUUCUUGCUGGAGCUACACCUUUUGCUAGGGACUGAACGGGAACUACACCACAACAGGGAGGUUGAUGAUAUUGUUGCUAUUAUAAAUGGACAUCUUGACAAUGAUGAGACUAUGCAUCAGAAAGUUGACAAGAAACGAGUAAUCUGUCAGAUAGCUGAAUGGCUUGAGCAAAAUUAUUAUGAUUAUUACAACUUAACUUAUUUUAGACAAAACUGCCCAAACUAUUUCGAUAUGGAUGUGAUAGAGGUAGAACGCUUAAAACUCAAGAAAACAAUGACAGUGUUAAACUCCAUAUUGAUGGUUUGUGAAAUGUCUCAGUUUAACCAAUGCCCCCCUCUUUCACACAUUUCAGAAGUCCUAAAUUUAAGUGAAGAAGAAGCAAAAAGAAAAAUCAAAAGUCUUAAGCCACACCUAACUAUGUUCAAUGGAAUUGAAUUGUGAAAAACGUUGACAGGCUUUUCAGAGAGUAAAUGGAAAUGCAACAGUUACACACUGAGUCUAUCAUUGUUUCAAAUGAUAAGGUGAUUUACAUAAUCGGGCAGCAGUGUGGAGUAGUGGUCAGGGCUGUGGACUCUUGACCGGAGGGUCGUGGGUUCAAUCCCCAGUGGGGGACACUGCUGUUGUACCCUUGAGCGAGGUACUUUACCUAGAUUGCUCCAGUAAAAACCUAAAUGGAUAAUUGUAUGUAAAAAAUAAUGUUAUAUCUUGUAACAAUUGUAAGUCGCCCUGGAUAAGGGCGUCUGCUAAGAAAAUAAUAAUAAUAAUCAAUUUUGAAAAAAAAUCAGAAAAUAAAUGUUAAAGGUUUUUCACACAAUUUCUGAGACAAAACGAUGUUAUAUUUUAUAUUUUCUUUUUCUUGUGUGUUCUUUUCUUAUUAUUAGUUUUUAAAGCAACCUGAAAAAAAGUCUCCUUAAAGGUGAUAGAAGUUACUUAUUGUAUACAAAAUUGUUUACAUAAUAAAAAUUAUUCCUGUACUUCUC